ACUUUUCCUAUCAUUCCUUGCUCCCAAAUUUUCAUGGGAAACAAAGGACGGAGUAUGACUGACUGUUAUCUGGGCUGGUAAUUUUAAUCAACAGUCUGCUGCUGCACGUGGAUUUAACUCACUGCCAUGGCUCUUCAAUUUGGGGUUUCUUGGCUUUGCUCUCUGUUGUUGUGGGGCUGUAUCUGUUUUCCUCCUCAAAAAGGUUACAAUUUUGCACAUGGCUAUUCUCUCAAUGAUGAUGACUUAAGUAGCCAUGAAGGAGUGCUUGGUCCACAAACAUUAAACCAGUUUCAUUCUGGAGCAUCUUUAAACCCAAACCAAGACUCUGUUAGUCCAAUGGAUGAGAUGCAAGCUAUGAGACACCAAAGCUUUGUUCCCUUUCAGAUAGAAUCAGCCCCCUAUGAAAAUAAUGAGGAUGCCAGCUUUGUUACUAGUCUUGGUGAAGAGAUGGAAAAAAGCAAACCAGAGUCAGAACAUGAUGUCAUCUACUCUCCCCCUGUAUCAGAAUAUGAGCAUAAAGGUUCUGGUUAUCGACACCCCUUUGGCCUUUUAGUGAAGGCGCACACACAAGAGAGAACUAUGGAGGGCACCAGUUUCCCAACAAUCAAAGAUUUCAAACGGUUUAUAGAAUCAUUGAAGAGAUCCUUCUUAAUACCAGGAAAUGACAUGGGAAGACAUUUUCAAACUGCACAGGAAACGAUGGAAAACGAGAUGGCUUCCAAUACCCAAAAUGUAAAUGUUAAGGGGCAGCAAGACACAGACUCUGAGUCUUAUUCUGCAAAAGAAGGCCCCGCCCAUGAUGACUCCAGUGGAAAUGAAGUCUGGAGUGAAGCUAUGAAAACAGCGUUUGAACAAGGUGAACAGGGCGCCAAAUACCAAAUGCCAAGUGAAAGCCUCUCUGUCCCUGAUCAUGUCGACGCCAGUGCAAGCCUCAUUUCUAACAGUUUUUAUGACAACCAAGACUAUGGCCCGGGCCCUGCUCUCUACCCACGCCAGCAUUUAGCAGCCAAAGAGCAUGUUUCAAGUAAUUAUGGAAGUUUUGACAGUGCUGGCAUUUCUGGGGAAAACCCUGAUAUUUUCCCAAGUCCUCCUGAUGUGAGAAACGAAGCUGUUAAGUCAACAAGCUACAAGCUCCCUGAACAAACACCCUCUGGUUCAUUUGGAGAUUAUUUUUCUUUCAGUGGCCGUGUGACUGCAUCCCCUGUCGACCCUCCAAACAGCCCAUCUCAGGAUUACAGCGACUAUCCAAGUAAGACUCCAACCUCUGAGCAGAAUGUCCGGCAACAAUCAAAAUAUAUAUUUCCCAGUAAAGACUCUUUAACAGGGGAUCGAAAACUAUCUGAUUUUGAACUUGGUAAAGAUUUCCAAAGUCAGGAACUAAACAGAGUGCCUCCAGCCAAUGUCCUGUCUGCACCAAUGCCCCCAUCUUUGAAUUCCUAUGGCCACAGUGUAUAUGUCAGUUUACCAAGAGGUCAACUCUACUUCCAAGAUUAUCAACCAAAACAAAAUAAAAGACCAGCUAAAUCAUUUCAGGUCUAUCAACCCACUGUUGGCAAGCAAUCGAACAAUAUAAACUACACGCCCACAGCCCACCUGCCUUUAUCUACUGGCUCUGUUUCUUCAAGCUCUAAUAACCCUUCAUCAAAGAGUAGUACUGUUCCUGUGGGAGUUCAACCAAGAAGCCCACAUGAUGCUAAUUUAGCUUUCAAUAGAAAGAAGCCAGGCAGAUCCUACACAAUGUUUACUGUGCAACCUUCCAGCCCUUUUCCUGGCUCAAGCAGACAUGAUGGCUAUCUCCAAGACCAGACAGUAAGUGUAAGUCAUCCUUCCCCCUUAACUUCCCAGACAAAAGAUGAGGAGGAAUCGGACCUCUCCAGACAGAAUGUAGUCUCUGCCACCCAGGGAUCAAGACAAAAGGCUGAAAAUACCCCAAUUUCUAGUGGCUUAGAUUCAACCAAGAGUGGGAUCUUAUCGCUCGUCAGACUCGGUGAUGCAAAUUUCAACUCCCUAACCAACUUGGCUCCAACCUCAGCAAUAGAAAAACCCUUUUCAAGAUUAGUCAUGUCAAGGAACUUUGGAAUCAAUAAUGAAAUCUCGGAUAUACGUGGUGCCAGAAACUCCCUAGGCUCCUUUUCUACCCCACUAAGACGAGGCAUUUCUCUAAAUGGUGAUUAUGCAAGUGCAACCAAACCUGGCCUACGACAGACCUUCAUAAAACCGACUAAAUUAUUGAAGCGUCCAGCCAUUAUGAAUAAAGAGCCUGGCAACAUGGUCUACCGCCCUCCUAAACGGCUGUCUGCAUCCAAGGGUUCUGCUUUCACUUUAAGUGGUGUCUUAAGGAGGAAUGGAGGUAUUACAAAAAGGCUGACUCCUGAAAAGGGCACCAACAUUUCACCACCAUCUGUAAAUGCAUAUGUUGUGAAAUCCAGAAACGGCUACGUAAGGAGCAAAGUAUCUCUAUCAAAGACCAGUUAUGCACCUUAUCAGCUGGAUGAAUACAAGAACUCUGGAUCCCACAAUGUAAAAGGAUUUGAACAGUAAAGGAAAUCAAAAACUUGGAGAGAUAAAUGGAUCUGGUGCCAUCUUCAACUGGGAGGAAAAUCACAUUUCUUCAGCUCUUAACACAUCCACUGUAACUAAUAAAGGCAUUAAAUAUUAUAAUUUUAAU